CAUACGAGGUGUAAAGGGAGAGUAAGCAAGGCUCUUGCCGAGUGCUUUUCAGUACUAAGGAAGCGUUGUGUUCUUCCUUCAGAUACCUUCUUAGCAAAGGGCUCAGCUACUCUGGAUAAAUUGAAGGACCUCUGUAACGAAGGGAAAGAACAUCCUUCCAUGCUUUUGCAGCUCUAUACGCAGGCUGUCUUAGACAUUACAUAUUCUGAGGAAAACCAGCUUGUGGAUGUAGAUUUUCCAGAAGAAUCUUCCUUGCAAAAAGUUAAAGAACUUAUUAAUAUUCUUUCAGAACCGGAAGACCUAGUGAAGAAAUGCAACAUAAAUGAAGAACCCAUCAACAUCCUUGGUGCAGAGCUGUUAGAAUGUCUUUACUGGAGAAAAGGCGCCCUGCUUUAUAUGUAUUGUCAUACAGCAAAAGAAAGGAGCAAAUGGCUACAGGAAAACAGUACCAUAUUUAAAAAGUGUCUUAAUGAUGGAGUCCAUUACUUGAUGAAGAUGCUUAGCUUCAGAUGCCCUCUUCAGCUAAAUGAAGAUGUCUCACUUCAGGAUAAAGAUGCAGCUAGAUUACUCAGUGAAGGUAUAUUUAGUGACACUCACUUACUGGCAAUGAUGUAUAGUGGAGAAAUGUGCUACUGGGGACUGCGACACGGUGGAGAAAGGAAGCAGGAAAGCCUGGAGACAGUAGCUUCCGUCCCUAGCAGUGACCUGGACUGCAGAUCACAGUGCGUGUUGUUGGAUUUCCGAGAAACUGGCAAAAACAUGUUAACGAAGUAUGUGGCUGUAUGUGAGGGACCUUUAAAAGACCAAGGGUGGAACACAUCAACAGCCAAACAAAUGUUGUGCUACUUCAUGAAAUCUCAACACUAAAAUACGCCGCUUUGGCUAUGCUGGAAGAAACUUUGUGCCCCAACAGCACGCAUAGGGAGGUGGUUUGUCCCUCAGUGGUCCCACCGUUCUUCCUAUCAAAAUGUAUACUUUUCUUGCA